AUGUAUAGAAGCAGAAAUCGUGGUAGAGCAAAUGGAUCCGAAGGGAUCAAAGGUCCUAACUCAGCAUUAACCCAAUUUUUACAAGAAGAAGGUAUUAGUGCAGAAUUGAUUAGACAAAGAUGGCUAGAAAACCAGGUUACUGGGGAAACUGAUAUUUCUACAAAGGAAUCGUCUUCGUCAGUAGACGUUAAAACUCUUGAUAAAUCGAUAAAAGAGGAAGAGGAAGAGGAAGAUAGGAAUAGUGUUAAUUUAGAAUCGGAAUCAUCCGAUGACGAGGGUUCAUCAAGUCGAAGAAGGAAAUUUAAAACUAUUGAUAGUGAUGAAGAAGAAUAUGUGGAAGAUAGUGGCACUGAGGUCUCCAUAACAAACAAUAUACAAAGGAAAUCGUCAAGGUUAAAUCCAGAUCAUCCAUCAGCUAAGAAAAAAACCAAAGAAAUUCUACAAAGUAGGAAGAGGAAACGUAAUAGGGCAGCUGACCUUUUAAAUCGUAAAACAGUACGGUUACCAAGAUUACAAAGUCUUUGUAUACAUAAAAUUAGUGAAAAUAUUAAGCGUCUUCAAUCAGAAGACUCUGGGACUACUAGAGGAGACUUAUCAUCGACAAUUUAUUCAAAGUUGAGAAAAGUUUUGGGUGGAAUAUCGACAAAUAAUUUAGAAAAUCUAUCAAAAGCUCUUUCAAAAAACAGAGCCCUAGAUGACAAUACUCUUCAACUUUUUCUAAAAACCGAGUUAACAAGUUUGACAUUUCAUGACUGUUCUAAACUCUCUUUUGAAGGAUAUAAAUCAUUAGCAAUAUUCUCACCGCAUCUUAAGGAGCUAUCAUUACAAAUGUGUGGACAACUAAAUAAUGAAUCUCUUCUCUACAUUGCAGAGAAAUUGCCACAUCUUGUUUCAUUGAAACUAGAUGGACCAUUUUUAAUAAACGAAGCAACUUGGGAAGAAUUCUUUGGGAUAAUGAAAGGCCGUCUGAAGGAAUUUCAUAUUUCCAAUACUCAUAGAUUCAAUGACAGUUCUUUGUCAUGUCUAUUGCGAAACUGUGGUUCCUCCCUAGAAUCGCUGGGACUUUCUCGAUUGGAUUGUGUAUUCAAUUACUCGUUAAUCCCUCAAUACUUGAAUAAUCCAGCCUUCCAUACCAUAUCAAUUCAAUAUCCAUACAACGAAGAAGAUGUAAAUGAUGAAGUAGUAAUUAAUAUACUUGGACAAGUUGGAGCAAAUAUAAGAACUUUGACUUUAGACGGAUGUCAGGGGCUUACUGAUUCCAUGUUAAUUAAUGGAAUGUCAGCAUUUUUGAGUGACAACAAGAAUCUAGAAAAUAUUUCCUUGUCAGAGCUGGAUCAGAUAACUUCCGAUGGACUCAUAUAUUUUCUAAGUCAAACUCCCAUGCCUAAUUUAAAAUCCUGUAGUUUUGCUAAAUGCUUAAAUAUUGGUAACCCAGCAGUGGCAGAGUUGUUUGCAAACGAAGCUAAAGACUCGCUGAUUUAUUUGAAUCUUAACUCUAUGAAAGAAUUGACAAGUGAACUAUUUGAAAUAAUGUUCUGCCCAAAUUUAGAACAUUUAGAUGUUAGUUUUGUUCGUUGUAUUAACGAUGAGUCGGUUAAGAUCAUUGGCAAUCAAAAUCCAAAAUUGAAAAUAAUGGAUAUUUUUGGAGAUAAUCUUGUAACAUCUAAUGCUACGAUAAGAGAUGGUCUUACUGUGAUUGGUAGACAGAGUGAUAGUAUUUAA